AGUAAAAUUAGGCAGCUACCGACAAUAGGGCUGAGAAAAUCACUUUAUGGUAUUAGCCAAACCCAUUCCAAAUUUCCCUUUUUCAUCUCUUGUGGAGUGUCUGUCAUCCAUUUUCUUUUCCCUCUUCUGAUUCCAGGUUUUUGAUUCUUGGUUUGUGGAUAUGGAUUAUACGACAGGUGAAUCAUUGGAUGCUUUGCAUUCAGCAGAUAUGAAUUCUGACUCUGGUGAUUUUGAAUGCAAUAUCUGUUUUGAAUUAGCUCAAGAUCCUAUUGUAACUCUUUGUGGACACCUUUAUUGUUGGCCAUGUCUUUACGAAUGGUUACAAGUUCAUUCACAUUCCCACGAGUGUCCAAUAUGUAAGGCUCUCAUAGAAGAGCACAAGUUGGUUCCAAUAUAUGGACGAGGCAAAGCAAGUUCUGACCCAAGAUCUCGGUUAAGACCAGGAAUCAAUAUUCCUAAACGUCCAGUAGGGCAGAGACCUCAAACCGCUCCAGCUGUAGAUAUGGACUACCUCCGACAUGAUGAAUAUGAUUCCAUAGGGGGGCUCAUGUCCAUGCCCAUGCCGAGUGCAAGGUUUGAAAACUCAACAUUAUCUGUUCUUGUUGGAGCUAUUUCAGCUUUGUUUAGUCUUAAUAAUGUACAUGGAUUUCAUGAUGCUACUGUUUAUGGGGCGACUAGCGGAGUUCCAUACCUCUUUUCUGGUUCAUUUCACGGAGGUUAUGCUCAUGGUUUCCAUCACUCUAACCACCUAGAUUGGACAAAGUUCUUUAUGAAGGUGCUUUUCUUGAUCGUCGGUUUCCUCUUAAUUGUUUCCCUAAUUUCAUAAAUAUAUAAGUGUAUACCCUAUAGUGUGCUAAACCUGCAUAUGUGUAGUAAACCAGUGCAACUUUCUUGCACGUCGUUAGGAUUUAGGAUUAUGUAUUUACUGGUAUUAAUUAGAGCUAGUCUCUACACCAUGUUUUCCCUCUCCAAUAAAAAGAUGGUGGUAGCUUCUCCUU